AUGGACGCACCUCAAGAAAAUAAGGCGCACCAUCAGACAAAAGAGAAAGUAAAGAGCGUUGAUCUUCAUAAUAUCAAGGCUUUUGGCUAUCAGAGUGGCCAAAGAACACGAAAUGCGAUUGCUCACCAAUUAAACAUUGAGCAAAUCAGAUUAUUCCAAGCGCCUACACACAAAUUACAACCAGAAGAUCCACCUAUUGUCGUUGCUGUCCAAGGACCGCCAGGAUGUGGCAAAUCAAUGUUAAUUCGCAGUUUAAUCAAACACUAUUCACAACAGAGAAUUGUAGACUUGAAAGGACCAAUAACUGUUGCUAUUAACAAAGUUUCGAGAAUUACUUUCAUUGAAGUCGCCCCAGAUAUCAAUUCAAUGAUGGACGCUUCUAAAAUUGCAGAUUAUGUACUUCUCAUGGUUAACGCCGAACAUGGAUUCGAAAUGGAAACAUUCGAAUUCCUCAAUUUGCUUUUAAGCCAUGGUUUUCCAAGAGUUAUGGGAAUUAUCACACAUUUAGACUUAGUUGAUAGGUCUGUUGGCAAAGAUAUCAAAGACAGAUUCAGAAAAGAACUCAAUACAGGCAUUAAAGUCUACAAACUCGAGAAAAUCGUCAAUGGAAAAUAUGAAAAGAAAUCUAUUCAGGAUUUAGCACGUAAACUUAACAUUACUAAGAUCAAUGCCCUUAGUUUUCGUAAAAACAGAGCAUUCUGCCUAGUAGAUCGUGCAGAAAAGUCACCAGAAAAUCCAAAUCGAACAAUCUUAUACGGAUACAGUCGUGGCACCGGCUUCAAAGAUGGAGAUCACUGCCACUUAGCUGGGGUUGGCGAUUGCGUUAUUGAAAAAGCUACAGAACUCGAAGAUCCAUGCCCAAUUGUUACAAAAGAAGCCUCUACACGUACAUUGCUUAAAGCGCAACGCACUAUCCAUGCUCCAAUGUCCACUUUGGGUGGUGUUGUCCUUGAUGAUGAAGGCGGCGGCACAGUAGACAUCCCAAUCAACCAAAUUAACUUCACCGACAUCCACAAACCAGGUUUGGAGAUCACCAAAGAGCAGAUGGAAGAGCUCGAUGAGGGAAUCGAGGUCACAGAAGGUGUCAGGAAGGUCAGAGAGAUGCAACAAGCUCCAGCAAAGAAAGAAGACGAAAACGAAGAAGAAGAGGCCAUGGAAAUCAUGCCAGGUGUAAAGUUGGAGACACAAAAAGUUGAAGAAGCCAAAGAAGAAAAAAUUGUUCAACCGAAAUCAGAAAAAGUAGCCGAAGAAGAGGAAGAACAGGCCGAGGAAGAGGAAGAAGAGAUGGAGCCACCUCAGCAGGAUGAGUUUGCCGGUGAAAGCUCCGACGGAUUUGAUGAGCCAGAAAUGGAAUUAGAAGAAGGACGCAUUGCACCAGGAAAAUACGUCAAGCUCGAGUUCUCCGACAUUUCACCGCAAUUUAUUACCCGUCUUGACCCUACAAAACCCAUAGUUCUUGGCACAUUAUUCGAAGAAGAGCAAAGUGUCUCCAGACAAUGGAUCAAAAUCAAGAAACAUAGGUUCUACGACAGAAUCCUCAAGUCAACAGAUCCAUUUAUCAUCUCUGUUGGCUGGAGAAGAUUCCAAACAAUUCCAAUUUUCUUCAACGAAGACAGAGGCGGCCGUCUCAUGUACUUAAAGUACCUCAAGGACCUCGCUACUAACUACGCUACCUACUAUGGCCCAUCAUCUGCAAUAAAUGUCGGUGUAACCGCUUUCCAACACAUAAAAGAGGAUUUGGUCGCAUUCAGAGUCAGCGGAACCGGCGUUACAAUCAAGGAAAUGGGUGACGGCAAGGUCGUGAAGAAGCUAAGAGUCAAAGGUACUCCGAAAGAGAUACACACGAGAACUGCCAUUAUUCAAGACUUAUUCACAAGUGAAGUCGAAGCAAAUCAGUUCCUCAACGCUCAGAUCAGAACAGUUUCUGGUAUCAGAGGCGUCGUCAAGGCUUCUGAUAAGAAUGGAAAUGUUAGAUGUUCUUUUGAAGACCAAAUAAGAAAAAGUGACAUCGUUUUUAUCAACGGCUGGGUAGAAGUCAAACCAACAGAGUUCUAUUCCGAGAUCAAGAACUUUGUCACCGAGAACAUCCCUCUGAUCAAGACAUACGCUGAGAUCAGGUCAGAAAACAAUCUCAGACCACAGUACAAAGAAGACUCUGUUUACAAGGAUGUUGUUCGUGAAGAGAAAGAAGAACACGCUCCAAAGAUCCCGAAGAGCAUCAAGCAGAACUUGCCUUACGAGCUCCGCAAGAAGAAGGACGACCAGCCAAAGGCAAGAGCUGUCAUCUUAGAUGAACAAAGCGCGAAGAUGAAUAAGGCAUUCGAAAUGACGAAAGCUUUGUUCAUGCAGAAAACAAUGGAGAAAGAAAAGAUCAACCAGAAAUUACAGGAAGAGAAAGAAAAGGCAGAGAGAAAGGCAGAAAUGGAGAGGAAACAUAAGAUGACGAAGAACAAACAGGAAUACUUCAAGAAGCAUCCAAAGAUGAAUAGAAAAUAA